GGGCGCGCUCGGCAGUGCGCCGGAGGAAGCGGGCUGCGUCACACGUCCUCUCGCAGCCCGCUAAUCGAGAUAUUCCGAGUUUCGUGCAAAUGCUAGUGUUUUUAUGGCGGUCACAUUAUUGCGAGUGUUGGUGCUGGGUGUUAUCGCGGCAGCGGCCGACGAUUUACCAGUGACAUGGGCUCCCGCGCGCACGCUACUGCCGUGCGUGGUACCCGACGGAGAGACGCUGGUGGUGCGCGGCCCGCCACUACUCCUCGACUCCGAUGACCAGAACCGUCUCAAGCCUUACGUUUGGAUUAAGGAUAACAAGGAGAUUAAGCAGUCGUUAACGAACGUGACCCUAGAGGUACUGCAGAAGAAGGAUGGCACCAGCGAGGGGGUCUACCAGUGCGGGGUGAGGCACCAUGGCCUGGUGUUGGGCUACCCCAUUAUUCUCAAGUUUGCCUUCAUCGAAAAGUACGUCUCUGUGGUUCCUGAGAACAGCACCGUGCGCGCCGGGCAGCCGUUUGUGCUCACGUGCAACAUCAGCUCGGGUCCGUCUGCCAGUAUCACGUGGCUGAAAGGAGAGGAAGUCAUAUCAGAGAACGACAGAUAUUAUUACAUCGACAAUAAGCAUCAACUACUAAUACUGAACGCGAAGGAACAAGAUGCAGGCGUAUAUUGGUGUAAAGCAACCAACCCAGUGCUAAACAAGAGUAGAAACAGUAGUCCUGCUUUGGUACAGGUGGAGAGGGAGGAAGGUCAGACGGGGCUGGCCUUUCUUCCUCUGCAGCAAGACACCACUAUCUACGUCUCGAAGGGGAGCAGAGUUGUACUCCCAUGUCCAGUAGUGGGCUGGCCCAAGCCCGAGAUUGUAUGGAAGCUGACUCCAUCGAUCGGAAGAACCGCUGAGCAAGAGACUAUAGACCAGGUGUUGGUACUGCCGAGCAUGCAGGCGGAUCUAGAGGGAGUCUUCUCGUGCUCAGUGGACGGGAAUAAUGAUUUGGUUAAGACCUACAAUGUUACGAUUACGGAGCCAGUGAACAUCACGUUGCCUCCGGCUUCAAAGCAGGUGUACCGGGCCAGCACGGUGAGAUUCAACUGCACCGCCACCGGGAAACCGGCCCCGAUCAUCACCUGGUACAAGGACGGGAAGCCUCUGGUUCUGGCCGGCAGGAAAGUUGUACUGACUUCGUUUGAAGGGAAUCGUCGAGAGCUACUCAUUAGGAGUGUUACAUCUGAUGAUGCUGGAGUGUACCAGUGCUUCGCUAGGAACGCGCUGCAGGAGCGCGGCGCGUGGGCGCGGCUGGAGGUGGCGGGCGCGGGGGCGGAGGCGCCGCGCGGGGUGCGGUGUGCGGCGGCGGGGCCCGCGCGGGUGCGCGUGUACUGGGACCUGAUGGACGCCGACGUUGUGGCCUACACCGUGCAGCGGAGCGUGUCGCAAGGUACCAUGUACCCUGGAGUGCCGCGAACUACCAACGAAGAAAUCAUCACCGUAAAUGAACCAUUGACUCCUUACAAAUUUCAGGUGACGGCUUAUAUUCUGACCAAAAACAAUAAGACCAUAGCGAGCGAUCCCUCAGAAACUGUCACCUGUCAGGGGCAGGGAGUGCCGAUCAAGAUAACGCGAGUGAACGACGAGAGGGUCGUGGUAUCCUGGCACCAGUUUGCGGAGGAGCAUCCCGGCGUGCUGCAGUGGACUCUGCAGUACAGGACCGAGGACGACAACCAGAUACAGAACGUGACUUUUGAUGGUUCAGUGCAUCAGUACAGUUUUCAAGCAUUACCGGGCACUGAGCUCCGUGUGCUGGGCUGGAAGGUCCUCGGGAUACCGGAGAACUUGUCGGAUGUGCCGUGGCAACGAGCGGAUCUGGACCGCGUACCAGAUGGGUACGUGACCGCGGUCCCGACGAACGUCCGCGUGACCUCCCUCGGGUCCCGCGACAUGAUCGUCACGUGGCGGUGCGACGAAGCUGAGAGCUCUUUGGACGUUUACACGUUUCUCGUGUGUGUCAAGGAUAUGGAAGGGAAUGAGGACUGCAUCGAAAGUAAGAGCAACACGGCGACGGUGGACAACUUGGAGCCGAACAGCGAGUACGAGGUGCGCGUGCAGGCCCGGCUGCCGGGACAGCUGGUCGGCGGCGCCUUCAGCGACCCCGUGGACAUCAGCACGCAGUCCGAAGGUAUCGAGCGCUUCCAAGAUUUGAACCAUAAAUACAUAAAUUCCACCACGAUAAGGGUAUCUUGGAGCAGCGGGUCGGAAAAAAAAUUUCUUGUACAGUACUCCAACGACCUGGAGCUGCCCGUUGACCAAUGGGCCAGCGUCGAGACUUCCGGGAAUACGAUACUGCUAACAGGAUUAAAUCUCACGAAGGAGUUGCACGUGAUGGUGACGGGCUACGAGCCAGAGGGCUUCAGGGAAAUCACGACGAUACCGAGUGAAGUCCCAGUGGUGGAAGAUCUGCACUACACCGUGGGCGAGCGCGGGGUGACGGUGCAGUGGAGGGGGCGGGGGCCGCGCGUGCUGCGCUACACGCAGAACCUCACGCAUUCGCUGGACUCCUGGGUCGAGCUCACGGUGCCGCACAACUCCGUCACGCUAACGGACUUAGACCCAAAUGUAGAGACGUACUUAGUGGUUGCUGCCCCUGGAACGGACCAGAAAUCAAAAGUUGUGACCAUUCCGCCGCACCCGUCUGACUACUCCACACUCUACCUGGGGCUGGGCAUAGUGGGAGGCGUGCUGCUGCUUCUCGUGCUCGCGGUGGCUGCUAUCUGCAUCUGGAGGCACAGGAAGAGGUUCCUGACCCCUGACCGCCCUCGUCGAAGAAACGUUUCAACAACUGACGGCCAGGGCGAGAGCUGCGAGUUACAGGUAUAUGUACUUAAUGAUCGCGCAGUGAGGGAGCGGCUCGCCAACGGCGUCAAGGACGCCGGGGAGCCCCUGCUCAACGGCACCGUCCACAUCACAGAGAACCCUUCGUCGAAGAGGCCGAACGGGCGCGCGCGCAGGGGAGAGCGCCGGUACGAGGUGGCGUUCGACUUGUCGCGGCACGAGGAGAGCGCGGCGCCGCCCCCCGACCCCCCGCCCCCCACGCACACCCCCUACGACCUGUCGCGCGGCUACAACAAGCUGCCCGACGACAACAUGAACGAGCUCCCCCGCCCCGCACCCUCCUCCCCGGAAGACACCAAAGUGCAGCCCACCCUUCAGCCCAACGGCUGAGUGCCCCUGCCCCCUCCCCCGCGCGGAACUACACGAGGGGUAGGAGCACCCCCCCCCCCGGUCGCGUCCCUCCAGUUUGAGAUUGACAGUUUUGUAUAGGACAGGAUCUGAAGCGUCGCCCCGGACGCUGGCGAGGAUAGCUUGGCGUGUUUCGUUCCUAUAGACUUUAUUUUCGAUAAGGCUGAUAUUUCGUAAACAAUAGUACGGGUAAAAAUAAUUUAAGAGUUAUUUAACUAAACUGUAAUGAAAAAUUGUCGGUCGUUGUAACGGACAUGCCACGCGAAGUUAUUCUCGCGACACGCGCGUGGGUCGGCGUGCGGCUGUGGCUGCGGACCAACACCGCAUGCCUCAUGCCGCACAAACACUUCACAGCAUUUGUCUAAGCGUAGCCUCAGAACUGUUAAGCACCAAGAAAUAAAGUACUAAAAAAUAAUAGUGGAUACCAUUAGUGCAAAGUAAUCGUACAAAAUAUAGACCAAAAUACAAUCCGAACACAGAUAUAAAUAAAAAAUAAAUUCAUGAAAUGUUAAUAACAUUCGGUAAUAUUUACGGACGUUGAAAUAAAAUAGAUGUAUAUUUAUUUUCAAUACAAAAUAACAGGUUAAAAAGCCACAGAAGCUAUCUCACAAUUGAAGUUGACAUUCCACUCCAGACAAUCACAUCACAAUAACAUGAAAAACGCACACAAAAUUUAUUAUAGUAACGAAUAAUUACAGUUAAAAUAAAAAUAACACCAUUCUUAUAGAUUAACUUUAAAACCAGUAGGUAGAAAUAAAAAUAAUAUAUAUGUACAUAAUAUAUAAAUCUGACAUAAUGUAUAAAUAAAAAUAAAAAUAUUACAACGAACUAUUCGAUAAUAUUAAAUUUAAAAAAAUGUUUAUACGCGUUAUCCUUGAUGUUAUUGAUGCGUUCAAAAUAUUAAUGAGACUAUAAUAAUUAAUAUAGCGCUAGGGCCGCGUUGUUUGAACUGCUGCUACUGUUUUCAUGAAUUCCAUAUCACAAUUAGCAACUACCUCAUUUUGUUUGUUGUAAGCUGCUCGCUGCACAGGCGACGCGCGCGGCGGACGUCGCCCGCGCCCCGCAGCCUAUAGUACAUUUAUUUAUUGUUAGCGACUUAAGGUUCUUUGAUAUUUUAUCCUUAGAUUAAACAAGUUAAGUUUCAACCCUGAUGAUUUGUUGACAAUAUUUAUUAAAUUAGUUUAAACUUCAAAUUCAAACAGUUGUUUUUAAACAUAAUUUAUUAUUCAGAGCGCAUCUAACUUUAUUUAUAGUUUUCCAAUAUUGCCCAUUGCGAUCCGUCUAUAGCAAGCUGGAAAUGUUAUUUAGUUAGUCUGUACGUUAAGCAGCCACGUGCGUGCAAAGUUAGCACCGAAGCUGCACAGCAUUACCGUUGGAUUAUCAACAUAGACUUUCUGUUACAGAAAUUAUGUCCAUUUAUUUAUUCCAUAGUUCAAAGAUGCAUAGAUUAUUUUCUAAUUGUUUAUCUCUACAGAAGUUAACAAUACAAUUAAACAUCACGUUUUGUUUUAAUUCUAUUCGAUUGUCGUGUUUUACCUUUAUCUAAUGAAGCACCUCGGUACAAUUACCUAUAUAAGUUAUACACCCUUUUAAUGGUUUGAAAUGUAAUCAAUUUGGAACGUAUAAAGUGUGAAAACGAAGAUGUAGAUAUAUAAGCUUAUGAUUUUUUUUAUAAGUUUUGAUUGUAAAUAUCUAUUAUAAAGUACAGAAAUGAAAUCAUCAUUUAUUCGCCGACCGGGUUGGUGCUAUAGGUUGUAUAUUUUCUUUUCGCGCUGAAUCUACAUAUUAUGUUGCAAUUCUGAUGGUUUGCGUCCGUCACUCUAUCGCCACACACACCGGCGCGUACAUUACAUGCAGAUCAUUAAUUUUAACGAGUUUUCCUCUUAACUCUGUGUAUUUAUUGAAAGCCGAUACUAUGUGUAAACAUAUUUAUCAGUCACCAGCUUGACGGAGUGAAUUCAAAAGCUAUUUAAACUACUACUAAUAAUAUCUACUACCUCUUAGAAUCGUUCCGGUGAGGUUAGCAUUCCACGUGCUACAACAGAUUAAUAUAAAUGUAUUGCUGAUUAAUUAAUUAUAUGGUUUCUCUCUCCUCUAAGUCGAUGAAAUUCAACUUUAUGCGUCCGUGUAAUAAAUGAUGAUUUAAUACUAUAAAAAGGGAAAAUGUACCUGAUAAUUGAAUUACACUAAGCUAAUUAGACUUAAGUGUAAUUUUAGGGUUUCAGAAAAUUCUAGAUUUUUAUCUUUGACCCUAGAUUUUGUCACAGGGUGUAAAUUUUGGUUCCGUAUAACUUAAUAUUAGGAUAUCAGAUGCAGUGAUUUUUCAAGGUUUUAUCUUUUACACUUUUUUUGUUGUUGAUGAUACAAAUGUUAUACAGUUCAAUUUUUAUCUUACAAUAAUUUCUUGGAAGUAGAAUUCUGGUGAUUUCUUUUGAAGUACAAUAGUACCUACCAGAAUUUCAGAAAAGUUUAAAACGCUAAUAAGCAAACCUACCCAGUUCAAGGUAAGCAGCUAUUACUACUACUGCAUGUAGUAAGUAGCAACUUUUACUUUACUUUUUCCGAGCCUCUUACGUGAUUUAAUACCAAUUUUUUUUUUAUUAUAAUAAUAUAAUCCGACCCUUAAAUAUUCCACCGGGCUUAAUUUUGGACAGUAAAAAAAUAUCGGUCUGUGCUUAAAAAAUGUAUAAGAAAAAGCAAUAAGAAAUUUAAUAUAGUUCAAAUCGGUAUAUUUGUGUUUAAUAAUUAAUGUUAGUUUGUUAAUGAAACGGUUUAAGGUUUAAUAUUGUCUUAGUUAUCACUUUUAACUACAUUUUAAUGUAAGAUUGAACUGUGUCGAGUACCUUAUUAAUAAUUUAAACAAUCACAAGUUCACUCGAGGUUGUGUUAAACAAUAUUACUAAUAUUCGCCUUAAACAACACAGAUUUGUUAAAGUGGUCGUUUUCAAUGUUAUUUUACAAAUUGAAACACAUUGGAUAUAAGGAAAUUGUCCUCGAAGAAUGGUGGAAAUGUUCAUUCUUAAUAUUAGUAAGUUAUCACUAAUACGCAUUCAUUAAAUACUUUUAUUACUUAUAGUUUUAUGUGAACACAGAAUGAGCGUAGCAGUAUCGAUACUAAUCAGUCUUUAUUUUGGUAACCACUAGUCUGACUUCGAACAGAUUAUCUACAAAACGAGUAGGAGAAGUACCUAAUUAGAAAAAGAGAACAGACUCGCAUACCUUGAUCUUCUGAAUAAUACUAGUGAAUAGAGAGAGAGAAUAUGCUUUAUUGUACACAGUGAACAAGCAGAUACAUUUGUACAAUAGCCGGUCUUCUCGCUAAAAGUGAAAAAUCUCUUCCAGACAACCGUUUAAUUUACAGAAAUUCUGGAAAAAAAUAAAGAUAUAACAGGUAUGUUGCGGUGUACUAUUGGCAAUAAAUACAUUAUUAUACAAAAUAUAUACAUACAAUAAAUAGAUAUAUACCGCUUAUUUUGAUUGAAUACAUGUAUGAACAAAAUUAAUUGAAAAAUAAUAGUAAUUAAACUAGAUACGCCCUGCUGACUUCAAAGUUUCGUUCGCAAUUCUACACGUGCCGUGUGCCGCGCGGGUACACUCAGGUCGCCUCCACUACCUUCUUCCUUCAAGCUCACUAUUAUUCAGUCGGGUAUCCUGCCAGCCGCGCCAGACGGAUGACCACAUAGUGGCUGUGUUUCAUAACAGUUUCAUCUGCUGUUGAAUACCAAGUGCCAACCUAACGAGGAUUUCUUUCAACGUUGUCGCAAUUCUAUUAACGUCUUAUAAAAUUUCCAGAAACUAAUUUAUUUACCUGUUCAUAAAUAAGGUAAAAACAUUUAUGUCACUAUCGAUUCGGAAUACAUUCGGGAAUCGUGGACACGAUCUAAUAGCACUGUUACGUGUUCUCAGGUUUACGUGGUAUAUCCGUUGUUUGGUUGUCUGAUUACGGGUACUGACGUGCAUUCGGAACUUGUAAGCCAAUAAAAGAACAAGCGAGAUUAAAGCAUAACUUAUUCAUAUAUAUAUCGACGCUUGAAAGGCAAACGUGAUUAAGCGACAAUGAGUGAACUUUACAAUAUACUAAUUUAAAGUUGAAAUACCUGAAAAAAAUUCUAUUUUAACGAAUCUAGCUGUAGGAUUGAAAUGAUUUUAAUAGACCUAGAAAUAUAUUUUUUUGCGCAUAUUGUUAUUGCCUAUCAUUUAUGUACAAAGCAGUUAUUGUCGUUUAUUCACGUUUGCCUUUCAAGCGUCGAUAUGCAUAUAUACAUACAUAUGCAUAUUCUAAAAGUGCAGAUAUUCCUAAUAAUAAAUUAAUUUGGCGCGGUCGGUCAAAUACAAUUCAGUUAAUAACAUCAACUUUGACCAUUCGAGUGGAAAAUAAGCAAUAUAAUACUUAAACCCGUACUCAGUCUGUCUGUAUACUUAGAAAAUGACGCAGUUUUAUUAGUUUUUUUUUACGUAAUCAGUGGGUUGGCUCGCGCGGUCAUUGCAAUGCCAAUUCAAAACUAAGUAGCCACAAGUUGCAAUUUUUAUAUUUUUCUUUUGUUACAAUACACGUAUUAUCUUUAUGACGUAUUGUAUUUUCACACUCGAUACAUUAUAUUUUUAAUAAUAUUAGCAUAUAAAAUAUAGUAUAUAGCGUCAUUAGCUUAAACAGUGCUUGAAACUGAUCAUUGUUGUGAUCACAAUUCAUAGGUUUACAGCUUGGGUGUUUUUUUAAGUGAAGGUUUUUUUACAUUCACUUUUAAUAUAUAGUACAAUUAAGCUACUAAUAUUACAAGAAGUAAUAAAUUGAACUUUGAACUUCUGAUAUCGUGCUUAAAUCGAUGACGUCACACAGUGCCUCCCACUAGCCAACAGUUUUAUGAUUUUGGGCACAAUUUGCACAGCGCUGCAAACGCACUAAUGUUGCAAACACAAUUAGCGGGUAUUUCAUUCCACAGUUAUAUAUUAUUUAUUUAUACAGUAGAAAAUAACACAUUCCAAUUGAUGCAAUAGUUUUUGUCCGCCGAAGUUUAUUAUUAUUUAUAGGCACAGUAACUAUAGCAGUUAGAUUGACACAUUUUUUUAUAAUGCCUUUGAUAUGUCAACAAAUCAACCAACAACACAACCCAAAUAGUAUCUACAAAUUAUUUGGCACAGUCCUGAUUCAGCAGAAUUAAAUAUGCUUCUCAACGGGGUCGCCUGUUACACUGGCUUCGUAAUUAUUAUAUUAUAUGUCGUUGUUAAAAAUUACCAAACACUUGUUGAUCACAUAAAACUGAUUAUAGUUAUAUGUAGAAACGAAAUGUUCAAAAUUGUCAAUUCAGUUGAAUGUACAAAAACAAUGUUAACCACGUGUCGUGACCACACGUCCCUGAAUGAUGUAAGUGGUCGUACAUGUCAUAAGUUUCACGCGAUUACAACUGUAAUACAUAUUAUAGUUUUAGAACAACCAAUAAUCAACAUACUAAAAAAUACUUUUAAACGCGCACUAGAGUAACUUCAAAACGCGAUUGCUGAUUGUGGCUUGUGCGACUAUUUAUUUCAGCCAUCGGUCUGUUAUAUGGUAUAGUUAUCUCGUGAUAAAUGUAAUUACAAAGCAAUAGAGUAUUAUAUAUUUAAUUGUUGUAAAUACAGUUUUAAAAUGUUGUUCAUACUGAUUACUGUUUUCAAUGUUGGCAAUCUAGAUCAAAUAAUAUUUCGUAUGUUAAGAAAAUGACAAGUGUAUUUAUAAUAUUGUAACUGUUUCUAAUAUGUUUGGGGAAUUUAAUAUUUAAAAUACUUACCCUACAUUAAUUUUGGGAUAGUAGGCAGUCGAAUAAUAGCUGUCAAAAUUGCAUUUGCUCAGGAUGGUAAUUUCUUUGUAAACAAAAACAAGAUUCUGAAAUAAUUAAAUAUGUUUAUGUAAUAGUAAAAACAGCUGAGACCACUUCUUCUCCACUUCUUGGCUCUUAACAUCUUCACAAUAGGCAUAAUGUUUAGCAUGUUAUAAUUAUUUCAAAUUGAAUCAACCUAAAGAAAUAUAUCAUCCUAUCUAAUGCAUUGAAAUAAAUAGGAUUGAAUUGACACAAGCUAUUCCGAGUCGGCUCUUGUUCGAACUGUAAGAGAUGUACUUAUACUAAGUUCGUCCAUUAUUUUUGUUUAAUAAAUUAGUAUUCACGUUAUUCGUAGCGAUGUUUAUUUUCUUAAAAUUUUUCACUUAAAAUUAUCGUUUAUCAAACAAUGUCAUUAUUACCUUUGGUUUGUUUUCUUUGAUUUUAAAAAACUUUUGUUCCGAUAGGAAGCUGUUUUUUAUUGUAGAGUAGUUUAAAAAGUAAUGAAUUAUACUUUCGAAUGUUUAACAUUUCGUAAACGGGGAAUUAUAAUUGUAGUUAUAACCUGACGCUGCAGAAUUGUCCUGUGAUUUUUGACGAAACCGACGAAAUUUGACGAAACCGGACCGAAUAGUUUAAUUUUCUAACAAUGACAGACGACAAUAAAAAUCGACAUAUUGUACAGGGUUUUUGAGGCAUUUCCCGAUCACCUGGGAAGUUGUUACUUUAUCAAUCGAUUCAGCAUGCCGUUAAUUUUGAGAACAUGCAAAAAUAUUUAUAUUAAAUAGUAAAAUCAUCGGGCAAGCAUUCGAAGCGUUGGAAAAGGGAAUUUUACCCUGCCUUCGACCAAGAAUCUUUGAAACGCUGCAGAAAACAAUCUGGCAAUUACUUUUUAGACUACUCAAAAGCAAUUUGCGUCGAAUUUGAAUGAGUAAUGUAAUAAAUAAUGAUGGGUGUGAUGGCUCAAUUUGAAUGUAAGGUUAGCCACAUCCGCGCUUUACAUCUAGUGCAAGUCUAACUGAUACAUUUUAUUGUUUAUUCAUGGCAACGCGUGGAGUUGUCAACAACGAAACGAAAAAACAAUAGAAUUGCUCAGUUUAUUUAUCGUAUAAGGAAUUGACGUUAUAAGUGGGGAUAUGAACGUGAAUUUAGAAUUAAAUAUGUCAUUAAUGAAACAUAGCGUUUUGGAGCCGAAUUAUUUAUUAAUUAAAUGUUGCCAUUUUUAUCCUUUGAUGAACUUAUUGAGUUCGCUUUGAGAGCAACAAUAAUUGAAAACGGGAUAAUAUCACUGACUGAAUUCAGCCCUGGCUUCUCACGGCUACCAACGCCACGUGUUUAAGUCGAUUGCGUUCCGGGCUGCGUGCACUUCGGAACAUUCUAAGCGAGAGUAGCUCUAGUACAAUAAAAUAUGCGAUUUCUUGGAAUUCAGUCAGAUAUAUGCUUUCAAAAUAAAAUUAUCUUAUAUAAAUGAAUGUUAUGAACACCAAUGUUAACAUAAUUAUUAACUUCUAAAAGACUGUUUCCUUUGUCUUUUGAACACUCAAUUUGGUGAAAUUGUAAACUUUAAUGAGGGCUUACAUAACAAAAGCGAAUGUUGCAGUCCUGUUUGUUUGUGGGCCACACUAUAUAGGUCGUUGGCUCCCGAUAUUAUGUCGAACAGGUACAACAUGCGCUACAACAUGUUGGCUUAUGUGUACUGAGAGAAAUCAAACUGUUACUAAUGUGAGUUUUCGUUAUUGUUCUUUGAAACCAAUCAAGCUAUCUAGUUGUUUGCAUUAUAUUAAUUUUAGCGAUUUUUCUUAUGAGUCAAUCUAGGAGCUAGAGAUAUGAUACGUAUUUUAUUUAGAAAAAUAACCUCAACUAUAAUGUCAUAGUAAAUUAUUGUCAUAACAUAACGGAUUGCUUUAAACUAGUUGGCUCCGUUAUCCGUUCGAGACAGACCUUCGGUAGCGUCCCAUACAAACGUAUGGGUCCUCCAAGCUAACUCUUUAGAUAUAUUAUAUAAAAUGCUUUGAGAAUCAUUGACCUAAGCUAUUGCAUGCAAACAUCUGAUUGAAGCGUGUUCAAAAGACAAAACUAACUUCAUAUUCCCACGAAAAAAAUUAGAUUAAAAAAAUGAAUCUACCUCAACCUAUUUUACCCAUCACCGUUAGAUAAGUGUUCUAUUGAGUCUUUAUAAUUACUAAUAAAAAUGUAGUGUUUUUAAAAAAAAAGUAAUUUCAAUAAUUCCGUUUUGAUAUGGUAAUUAUUGUUACCGAUGAUAUUGAAUGAUAUGUAAUGUUGCGGUCUUGUCGAAUUUGAAAAUGAUAUUAAAAAAAGAAGAAAGAAA